AUGUCCGGUUGUUGCGCGGGUGUCGGUGGUGUGUCGUCGACGAGGAGCGGUGCCGUUGAAGGGCCAGCGAUUGGUGUUGACGUUCCUGCUGCUGCCGUUGACGGUUCUGCUACUGCCGAUGUUGUCUCUGCUGCCGCCGAUGUUGUCUCUGCUGCUCCCGAUGUUGUCUCUGCUGCUGCUGAUUUUGUCUCUGCUGCUCCCGAUGUUGUCUCUGCUGCUACUGAUGUUGUCUGA